CCUAGAAACAGGAGAGCGUCCGUUGGUGAGUUCCUCCCUCCACCAGCCCUUUAUAUAGUCCUCUCAGUGUCCCCCUGAGGGAGACUGAGAUUUCUGAACCUCUCAGCCCACACCCAGCUUUUCCUCAGCAGCAGAGAAGCAGGUCGUCAUCAUGAGUGAGGACACCAGGAACUCUCUGGAAAAAAUCCUUCCACAGCUGAAGUGCCAUUUCACCUGGAACUUAUUCAGGGAAGGAAGUAUCUCAACUCAUAUGGAAGAUAGAGUGCAUAACCAGAUUGAAUUUUUAAACUCUGAGCACAAAGCAACAAUGUACAACUUGCUGGCAUAUAUAAAACAUCUAGAUGGUGAAAAUGAGGCAGCCCUGGAGUGCUUAGGGCAGGCUGAAGACUUACUGAAGCCAAACCAGGAUGAUCAAGCAGAAAUGAGAUGUCUGGUCACCUGGGGAAACUAUGCUUGGGUCUACUAUCACAUGGGCCGGCUCUCAGAAGCCCAGGCUUAUGUUGACAAGGUGAAACAUGUGUGCAAGAAGUUUGCAAAUCCUUACAGCAUGGAAUGUCCGGAACUCGAGUGUGAGGAAGGAUGGACACGCCUAAAGUGUGGAAGGAAUGAAAGAGCCAAAAUGUGUUUCGAAAAGGCUCUGGAAGAGAAGCCUAGUGAUCCAGAGUGCUCCUCUGGACUUGCAAUUGCCAUGUACCAUCUAGAAGAAAACCCAGAGAAGCAGUUCACUGUUGAUGCUCUGAAGAAGGCCAUGGAGCUGAAUUCUAAGAACCAGUAUGUCAAAGCUCUCUUGGCCCUGAAACUGCAGAGGAUGGGAGAAGAAGCUGAAGGGGAGCAAUUGAUUGAAGAUGCCCUGAGAAAAGUUCCUAAUCAAACAGAUGUCCUGCAAAAGGCAGUCCAGUUUUUCAGGAAAAAGGGUAACCUAGACAGAGCUAUCAAACUCCUUGUAACAGCAUUAAGAUCCACUAAACACAACAGUCCCCUCUACUGCUCGGUCAUGGCCCAUUACAGGAUGAAACUGGAGAAAUUGAAGAACAGAGGGGAUGCUGAAACCAGUGAGAGCAAGGAGAUAAUGGAGGAACUGAGAAGACUGACGAUGGAGUACAUGCAUCAGGCUCUUCGGAGAAGGCGAAGUCCUCUGAACUCCUACUCAGAUCUCAUUGAUUUCCCGGAAGUAGAACGAUACUAUCAGUUUGUCUUCCGCAAGGAGAGUCCUCCUGCUGAGGAAGAGCAGCUUUACCAGCGCUAUUGCGACCUCCAGGAGGAUCACCGGAAGUCUGCAGACCUCGCUGCUCUGAAAGAUUUCCUGCAGUCUCAGAGAAAUGAAAAAUCCAUUGAGAAGCAAGAGGUGAAGGAGCAAGCAGAGGCCGCAAAUGAAAACUUGCAACAGCAAAACGUACUGGAUCUUGGCCUCUCCAGGGAAUAAGUCAGA